GUUCACCACCCUCACUCAAAUGUCAAUAUUUUUGUUAAAUACUUUGUAAACGAAUUUUAGCUACAGCUGAUCUGUUAUUUAAUUAAUUAUGUUUCAGAAAAUAAAAUGGCUCCUAAAGUAGGAGGAAAGAUUACAAGGGAGGAGGAACUGCUCCUGGAGGGGUUCAACAAGAACGUGUCCACCAAGUCCAGUGCUCUGUUCUACGGAAACGGGUUUAUUGUGUCUGCUAUCCCGGUCUGGUUAUAUUGGCGUGUACACUCUGUCGACGUGUCAGCUUAUGCAAUCAUGUUUGUUAUUGGUACAAUUAUCUCAACCUGGCUCCUUGCAUUCGCUUACAAGAAUACAAAGCAUGUGCUCAAACAUAAAGUUGCAGUGAAGAGAGAGGCGGCCGUUACAAAGGAGAUUACCAAGAAGUUGGCCGACGAUAAGAAGAUCAGUAAGAAGGAGAAGGAUGAGAGAAUUCUCUGGAAGAAGAAUGAGGUUGCCGAGUACGAGGCAACCACCUUCUCCAUCUUCUACAACAACUCUCUCUUCCUCGCAAUCGUCAUCCUCAGCUCAUUUUAUAUUCUCAAUGGAACCUCCCCUCAUGUCAACUAUGGAAUCAGUCUUGGCUUUGCCAGUGGGUUCAUUGCUCUCCUCUCAACCGGAACAAAGGGAUAAAUCUACCGACCUACCCCUGGGAGCAGAGAUAUCAAUCAACCUACCUACUGCAUUUCAUGCACCCGUUCCAUCCCGUGAUAUUUAUCAUGCAGCGUUUUUUCUGUUUUAAUUAUUUUGUUCUAAACUUUUUAGAAAUACAUACUUGUUAAACAA